UCUCACUAGUUCAUCAGUUCAUGCAUCCAAGACAGUAGUACAUUUGUGUCUCCGCUAAAAAAUGCAGAACGAGGUAUCCACCAAACAAGGAGAAGAACGAUUCCAGGUUAGGAGACUAGAGAUCUCAGACAAGAGCAAAGGUUUCAUAGAGCUCCUGCAACAACUAAGCAUUUGUGAUUCUGUGUCCGACGAGGAGUUCAGAGCACGGUUUCAAGAGCUCAAAUCCCAUGGCGACGAUCAUGUUAUCUGUGUCAUCGAAGAUGAACAAUCCGGGAAGAUCAUCGCUACGGGUAGCGUCUUUGUGGAGAAGAAGUUUCUGCGCAACUGUGGGAAAGUGGGGCACAUUGAGGAUGUGGUCGUCGAUUCUAGUGCUCGAGGGCUGAAAUUGGGGCAGAAGAUUGUUUCCUCUCUCACGGAUCAUGCUCGAUCUGUGGGUUGCUAUAAGGUGAUUCUCGAUUGCAGCAUUGAGAAUAAGGGUUUUUAUGAGAAAUGUGGGUUCCAACAUAAGUCGAUUCAGAUGGCGAGGUAUUUUGAUUAGUGAACGCAACUUCGUUCUUCAAAUUCAGUGUGGCAAAUUUAUUGGAAGUUGGCAGUAAUUUUUUUAUUUGUUUUGACUA